GGCGAGCCGAGUAUGCAGAGCUUCGGGACCGGGGGAGCGAAUCACCAGCAAGCAUUCAUGCAGAUGCCGACGGGGCCGACGUUGCAGUGCGGACAGCAGCAAAGCAAUUUUUGUGCGGUGAGCGCUUCCGUGGCCGCGGGUCCGGGAAUUGUGCCUGUUGCGCAGCGGAACGCGCAGCAGGACUACAGCAACUUGCUCCGGCAGGGGCCGAGUGUUCCUCCCUCCCUGCAGCGACAGUGGGGCCAGCAGAACCACGCAGUCCAGGGCAUUCCGGGCGGGCCUGCGGGUUACAACAGUCUGACGCAGAUCCCGGGAAACCAGCAAGGACCGGAGAAUGCGCCGCAGUUGCCCCCGACAAACAAUCUGAUCCAUCCGAGCAUGUGCAGACAGAUGCCGAACAACCAGCAGCCGGGAUUUCAUUUUUUUGGUGGUUUUGGUGCUGUUCCAACCCCCACGGAAAAGACGGGCGCUACGAUCUUCGUUGGCGGUCGGCCACUGCAGGAUCCGAUGCUGCGGCAGCGGGUCGAGGCGUUGCUGAACCAGGGCGCAGCAAAGCACGCCUCUGGUGCGAGUUGCAACGCAGUGUUCGGGCAGGGCUGCUCCAGUGCGAGAAGCACUACUUCGGACGGGAGUGAGAAAAGUUGCGUCUCCACCAACGGAUCUCUGCGGGCGUACGAGGAUGCGCAGGCGGCUGCAGAUGCGGAGGCAUAUCCGUACUAGCCGUGGCAGGGUAUUCGGGAAAAGAAAAAUCGACAAUCUUCAUCUUCAACUUCAGCAAUACAAACGUGAGAAACAGCAUUACAAAUUUAAUUUCCGGACUUUCUGCCUUUCUUUACCGGCAGCACUACAAAACAGUCGGGCUUUAUUUCGGUUUGCGACAUGACAUCUUCUACAACGAUCUACGGUUUCAGUCGGAACAACUUCAACUUCCUCUGCGAAGCAGUCUCAUCCGCAUUUUUGACGAUUUUGGAACUAACGGGCACGAGUGGACAGUGACGGUUUCUUUCUUG